AUGAUCGAAAUAUCAAAACAGAAUUUCCUGACGAUCGUCAUAUUGAUUCUACCCGCUGUCGCACCCAAGCUGAUAGCUGCGUCGAAGAGACUCUCCGAUUUACACACCAAAGACAGUUUCAAGCGUCUAGAAACUAAUGAGAAAGCUAUCAGACCACUCGCACUCGUAGCUACCGUCAUAGUCUUCAAUCUAAUUAAAACUAUAAAGACGGCACUCACGGCAGAGAAUUUAUUCUCAAAGUUACCAAUAAAUGCAUCACAGACGCUCUUAGAGAACGUCUAUAAUCCUGAACAUGACGAGUCCUUAUCAAAGUUCUUCUCAAGGCUGAAUAGCUUCGAUCUGCGUUUGCAAUAUAUAAGAUGGGGUGAUAGAGCUACGCGUCAAUGUACAUGGUGCUCUCCUCAAAGUGGAAUUGACUUUGCAUUGGAAUCCUUUAGCGGAACUUUCGCACCCUACAUUAUCACUUGCUUAGGUCUUCUAUUCUAUAUACAACUCCAACAGAAGCUGCAUCUUCGUAAACCACUUUUGAUUACUCUCUGUGGUACUUUCUUAGGGCAUUUCGCAACUUUGAACAUAUACGACACGCGUCCAAACCCUAAUUUCCCACCAACAAUCCUCGCCAAUAAGCUCACAUUACUCAGUUAUGCCUUUUUGACUACUAUAUCGAUAUAUACGCUCGCGGUAAAACCAAAUAAGUACCUUUCAUCAGGCGCCGACCCGAUAAGCCUCCUGAAACCAAUAGUUGUACCUCAGAAAGCUCUCCUCACCUCUAUCAAAGCGCUUAAUGUCACGAAUGAAGCCCGAAGAACUCUCAAUCUGAAUCAAAAAGUACGCUCGGAUAGACCUAAGAGAGGCGGCAGUGCUGAUAUAGAAACAUACCAACUCAUUGAAAAAGAAGCUGACCAACUAGCUGAUGCGUUCGGUCUAUAA